AUGAGUGAAGAAAAACCGACAAUUCGUAAUGAAGAUGAUGAUCGUUAUGAAGAUGAUACAGGAGAUUUGGAUCUUGGCCAACUUGGCUCUCGAGUUUGGUUAGUAAAAGUUCCAAGAUUUCUUAUGGAGAAAUGGGACGCGAUUCCUGAUGAUGAUCGUGCAAAUCUUGGUUGUGUACGUGUAAAAAAUGAUGAGAUUCAACUUUUACUCCACAACAAUUCAGAAAACGCCGAUGUUCCUAAAAACUACAACUUAAAAGUGAUGAACAAAUUUGUCAAAAACUCUUAUGUCUUUAGAGAAGCCGAGUCAUCAUCUAGCAACACAAAAAAUACUGCUUUGGUUGGCACAGUUGCUCACGAAUGUAAUGUUACUCCAAUUAUUAAUGAUGAUUAUCGACGCGUUAUGCAAAAACGAGCUUUGGCUGCAAGUGCUCCCAAGCGCAAAGUUCAAAUGAUUGAUGAUAGAGGCGCUAGCCUGCUUGCUCCUGGAACGUUGGGUGCUCGCAAUAGAAACACAACAUCAUUCAUCCGCAAUGUCAAACCAAGAACUGGCGAAGGCCUUAAGAACUCGCGUAUUCCCAGAAACGAACUUUUGGAUAUUCUUUUCAAGUGCUUUGAAGAUUAUGAAUAUUGGACCUUAAAAGGCCUUCGCGAAUAUGUUAAACAACCUGAAGUUUAUUUGAAAGAAGUCCUUGAUAGCAUAGCCAUCUUGAAUAAGCGUGGUCCAUAUGCAUUGAAGUAUAGCUUAAAGCCUGAAUAUAAAGGAACAAUGGAUGCUGCUACGAGAGAACUUUUGAAUCAGCAAGUUUCUCAAUCAGAAUUAUCUCAACACCAGAAUGCAGACAAGGAUUCUGCUUCUCCAACUGGCCCUUCUUCAUCUGCAAGUGAUGUCAACAAAGACGGGGACAACGAUGAUGAGGUUGAAAUGAUUGAUAUUCUCUAA